AUGAAGAACCAUCCGAACUUCAAUCCGGAUGAUGAGGAUUGGCGAUGUCAAUGGACGCAGGAGCGAUAUCGGACCUUGUUGCUGGAAAAGGCCGGCUACGAUGUGUGGAAAGACAAGAUCCGCCCCGCGAUGCAGCAGAUCGUCGUGGCCUCGCUGCUGAGUGUGGCGGAGGUGCUCACGAAGUCGGACAAUCAUUCCUGCUGCUUCCAGCUGUUCGGUUAUGACUUCAUGGUGGAUGAGAACUACAACGUUUGGCUAUUGGAAGUGAAUGACAUUCCCAUGCUCCAAGCGAGCGGACCGGUCACCAGCCGCCUGUGCGACACCUGCCUGCGACAGGCCUUCCGCACCAUCUUCGAUGCACCCAGCUCCAACCCCGAGAGGUCCAAGACGGACGAGGACAACCUCCAUUUCGAGCCGCUUUACCGUGGCCCUGAGAUCCCGAAGCUGCCCAAGACCGCCUCACAAGGCUUGGACUUCAGCGUGGAUGGUCGGAAACUCCUACCCAAGUGUUCGCCAGGCCCUGUACGCCAUGCCCCAAGUCUCCGGCUCAGCGCGCGCCGAGACCAGGAGUUGCAAGACCUCGUCGACAAGCGCCGCCUGCGCGAGGGCAAGGAGCAGCAAGAGAAGGAGCGUCAACUGCGCCUAAGGCGUUCGUUGGCCAAGAAAUUGCUUGGUGGAAAGAGCAUUUCCUCACCGUGCCUCGAACAACUGCAGGUCCAGGUCCCGCGAGAGGUGGAAGGUUCUGUUGGAACGACCUGA